UUGAUAAAGCUACUCAGACAUUAGGAUCGGAUAUAUUUGAAUCAAUGCAGUUCAGAUUGCAAGAGCUGCAGAGCAUUCUAAAUGCAAGUGCAAGCAAAGAAGUAGAAGUGGAAAUGAUCGAGCAUAGUGUAGUAGAGAAAAUUGGAAUUGGACCAAACAAAACUAAUGUGGAUCGCAUGUGUUUUAAGAAAAUCAAGUGGGAUUGCUAUUCGUUGGCAACGCGAGCUUUGCUUGAUGCUGUCUUCGAUAAGCAAACGCUUGCUACAAAAACCCUUUCGGGAAUAAAAAAGCGUUCGAAGUCUCGUAUAAGGUCGAAGGAACUUGAGCUGGAUCCGGUAAAAGUCAACGAUAUUGUACAAUUGGUCAAACAAAAAUGCAAUGUGGACGAAUGGUCCAUAAGAAGGAUUAUAUCAAUCAAAUGCUCAGACACUGCCAACACCAAACGGUUUAACCCGCAGCCUUCAGAAUGUUGAAUAUUCUAAUGGCUUCGCUUGGAAUAGCAAAGAGUACAGACUAUUAUUUUAGCAUUACAUUUUUAAUGGCGGAAAU